AUGUCCCACCCGUACCAGAAGAAAGCCACGGCGACACCGAGGAGUUUCUCAUCCUUCUCCACCACCGAAAGCAGUAGUGAUACUCCACCCCACUUAUUCACUGAUGAAGAUUUCAUGCCAGCACCGAAGCAUCCUGAGCAAGAUCCUAUUAUAUCCCCAGUUCGAUCAACACUACCAGCCCCAACAGCAGCUCCUAGUCCACCACCAGUUCUAGCACAACCGACUCCAGUGACCGAGCAGUCCACUCCAGCCCAAGCUUCGACCAGCAAGAAGCGAUACAAGAGAACAAUGGGGACUAUACUUCAACCAUCUCCUUCUCAUCCAAAAGCAGUAGACUCAAGAUCCGAGAGCCCUUCCCCUCCCAAACGACGUCCCAGUUGUCUUCUACUUUCACGUGACCUCUGCCCGAGAAAUCUGCCCGGAGGGAUCAGCGCUGCUACAGCUGAUCCUGCUGACCGUGCCGUCUACUCUGCAGAUCCUGUCUGUCCUUGGGCUUCUACAACGGGAUCAUACUGGUUCUUUGGAGGGCAUAAUGAAAGAGUUCAUAGAAACAACGAAGAUAAUAUUGCAAGACCAUGCGACCUCCAUCAAAAAUCAAGGAGCCCUACUUCAGAGCCACAGUUCAUCAUUGAGGGCAUUGGAGAGUCAGAUAAGUUUGAGGGAAGACCGAAGGAAAAUUCAACCCCUGAGACCGUGCAAGCUGAUCAAGAAGUGUCGGAAGAAGCCUCGGUGGAAGAGGAUAAGGACAAGGGUUCAUCGAGUAAAGCGACUGAGGUGACAAAUGAAAAUACCAAGGCAACUUUUGUUCACACCCCAUCAGUACAGAAAGCCAGACCCCACCUCAUUUUCCGCAAAGACUGA